AAUUUUUGUUCUGCUGCGUUUCGUUUCUUCUCCCUUUUCCAAGUACACUACGUUCUUUAAUCAGCCAUGUCCAAAUCAUCUGCUGAACCUAUGGAAGUUGACAGUCAACUUGAAGGAACGGCUACUCCUACCGAUACAAGUAGCGCUCAGGAUAUAGAGAUGAUAGAAAGCCGAUCGACAAAACCUGUACCUAAACCAGAAGAAGACGCAAAGUCAUUGUACAACAGCCGUGUUAAACGAUACCGAUAUCUGCUUGGGCAAACUGAUUUGUUUGCUCACUUUUUAGAUUUGAAAGCGGAUAAAGACGAGGCUUUGCAAAAAGUAUUAGACGAGCAAAAGAACGGAGGAAAGUCAGAAGAUGGCUCAAGACGACGACGAAAGACUGAAAAGGAAGAGGAUGAAGAAAUUCUCAAGGAUGAAUCUGGAGACUCUGAUGAGCAAUUGACUGUUUUCACCGAAUCGCCUACAUACGUCACUGGUGGUAAGCUGCGCGAUUACCAGGUCCAAGGUUUGAACUGGAUGGUAUCACUAUUCGAAAACGGUAUCAAUGGUAUCCUGGCUGAUGAAAUGGGUCUUGGCAAGACGUUACAGACAAUCUCAUUCUUGGGGUACUUGAAACAUAUCCGUGGCAUCAAUGGACCACAUUUGGUUGUCGUUCCCAAAUCAACGUUGCACAACUGGAAGAACGAGUUCAACAAAUGGAUGCCUGAUUUCAAUGCUUUUGUUUUCCACGGUGAUAAGGAGAAGAGGGCUGGAUUGAUUAAGGACAGACUCAAGCCCAUGGACUUUGAAGUCUGCAUCACUUCUUAUGAAAUCUGUUUGCUGGAGAAGUCUCAGUUUAAAAAGAUUUCGUGGCAAUACAUCAUCAUUGACGAAGCCCAUCGUAUCAAGAAUGAAAACUCCAUGCUGUCGCAGAUCGUCCGUAUUCUGCAGUCAAAGAACCGCAUGUUGAUCACUGGUACACCGCUUCAAAACAACCUCCAUGAACUCUGGGCUUUGUUGAACUUUUUGUUGCCAGAUGUCUUCAACUCAUCUGAAGCAUUUGAUGAAUGGUUCGCCGGACAAGAUGGUGAUAACAAGAAGGUGGUCGAACAGUUGCACAAGGUGCUGAGACCUUUCUUGUUGCGUCGUCUCAAGUCUGAUGUCGAAAAGUCACUUCUGCCAAAGAAAGAAAUCAACGUCUAUGUCAAAAUGAGUCCCAUGCAGCGCAGAUGGUAUCAAAAGAUUCUUGAAAAGGAUAUUGAUGCUGUUAAUGGUGGUAGCGCUAUGUCCAAGCGUGAGGGAAAAACACGUCUCCUUAAUAUUGUCAUGCAGUUGCGAAAGUGCUGCAACCAUCCUUAUCUUUUCGAUGGCGCUGAACCUGGCCCACCCUAUACCACGGAUCAGCACAUUGUUGACAACGCUGGCAAAAUGGUUGUAUUGGACCGCCUUUUGACUCGACUCAAGGCACAAGGAUCGCGUGUUCUUCUUUUCAGUCAAAUGAGUCGUGUCUUGGAUAUUCUUGAAGAUUACUGCUGGUGGAAAAAUUACGAAUACUGCCGUAUUGAUGGUCAAACGAACCAGGACGAUCGUAUCGAUGCCAUUGAUGACUACAACAAACCAGGCAGCGAUAAAUUUAUUUUCCUGUUGACCACACGUGCUGGUGGUUUGGGUAUCAACUUGACUUCAGCCGACAUUGUCGUCUUAUUCGAUAGUGAUUGGAACCCGCAAGUCGAUUUGCAGGCCAUGGAUCGUGCUCACCGUAUCGGUCAAACGAAGCAAGUUCGAGUUUUCCGAUUCGUGACUGAGAAUGCUAUUGAAGAAAAGGUAUUGGAGCGUGCAGCCCAGAAGCUUCGUCUUGAUCAACUGGUUAUCCAGCAAGGCCGUGCACAGCAAGCUCAAAAAGCUGCCAGCAAGGAUGAACUGCUUACGAUGAUCCAGCAUGGUGCUGAAAAGAUUUUCAACGAGAGCGAUUCCUCGACUCCUGCUCCCGAGGACGACGACGAUAUUGAAGAAAUUCUGCGCCAUGGCGAGGAAAAGACUGCAGAGCUAAACAAAAAGUAUCAAAACCUCAACAUUGACGAACUUCGUAACUUUACAUCUGAAAGCGCAUACCAAUGGAACGGUGAAGAUUGGAGCAAUAAGCGUAAAGCAGCCGGUGUCGGUCUGUCAUGGCUCGGUCCAGCUAAGCGUGAGCGUAAAGGCAACUAUGCUGUGGAUGACUACUACAAAGAGGUAUUACGUAUCAGCACCAAGACGCCAUCGACCAAAGCACCACGUGCUAAGCGAUACAACUGUGAAGACUUCCAAUUCUUCCCACCAAAACUGCAAGAGCUCAAUGAGAAAGAUACACUGUACCUUCGCAAGAGCUUGGGCUACAAGAUGCCACCGAUCUCUGAGGAAGGCGAAGCCGAGGAAAUCGAGCAGCAAGAAAAGGAGCGAGAAGAAGAACAGCGCAAGAUUGAUAAUGCCGAGCCGUUGACGCCAGAAGAAGAGGAAGAGCGCAAGAAACUCUACACCAAGGGCUUCUCAAACUGGUCCAAGAAGGAUUUCAUGUCAUUUAUCAACGCAUGUGCCCGAUAUGGACGCAACAACUUGCAAGCUAUCUCGACAGAAUUAGAAGGCAAGACGCUCGAUGAAAUCAAAAAGUACUCCAAAGUGUUCUGGUCAAGGUAUAAGGAGAUUAGCGAUUACGAGCGACAUAUCACCAAGAUCGAGAAAGGCGAGAGUGAGCUCGAAAAGAUGGCGGAUAUCCAGGAAGCAUUGGCCGAAAAGGUAUUGCGCCACCGUGUGCCCUUACAACAACUCAAGAUUCAAUACACACAGCCUACCAAGGGCAAGAACUACACCGAGGAUGAGGAUCGGUUCCUAUUGGUCAUGCUUGAAAAGUAUGGCUAUGGCACAGAGAAUGUCUAUGACAAUAUCCGACGAGAAAUCAAGGAAUCGCCCAUGUUCCGUUUCGACUGGUUCCUCAAGUCAAGAACUUCGCAAGAAAUCGCCAGAAGGUGCAAUACCUUGAUAGGUUUGAUCCAAAAGGAGAAUGCCGAAUCUGAAGAGCGUAAUAGCCAGGAAGAAAAGAAGGUAAAUACACUGAAAGGUUAUAACGAGCCGACGACAGAAAAAAGGCACGUUCAACGCUAACGUGUCUUUUCUAGAAGAAGGGUGGUUCCAAAGCAAGCACACCCACACCUAAAUCCCGUCGUCGCUAGAAAGUAUAAUUAGUAAACCUCACAUCUUUUUCACAUAUACACACUCUUUUACUCACAUCCUCAACCCUGCCCCAUAAACAACAACUAUUACAAUCAUACAUGUUCAAUGCUCCGCUACCCACAACCCAGAUCAGUAAAUAAUAAAAAGCCGUGCAAAAACAAAGUUUAU